AUGUAGCAGUAAACAUAAUCAUAAUUUACUUAAGUUAAUUUGCAUGUCCAUGCACAUACUGUAAGAAUAAAAAAGAUCAGCAAUAACCAUCUGCCCAUGAUUGUAAUUAAGUUGAAAGAGAAAAUGAAAUUUUGAAAGCUGAGAUUGCAAAGCUUUAAUCUUUUGCUAAUUCUAAAGGUAACAUAAAAUUUCUUAUAAAACUAUAGUCCCUGAAUUCCAGUAAUUGCUUAGAGAUAAUUAAUAGAUGAAAAAGACUUUAGAUCAAAUGAAUUAAUAGAUAAAAGAAUAUGAAGAAGAAAUUUAGAGAUAAAAACAAGUUAUAGAUAGAUUAAAUUUUGAUUUAGAUAAAUAAAAGAGAGAUAAUGAAUAGUUACUUUAAGCUUUGAAUGAUAUCAAAUAAAGAGGUUUGUCAUAAGAACAAUCACUCCUCCAAGAUAAUCAAAGGAUGAAAUCUACAAUAGACUCUCUGAAUAAUGAUCUAAGAAGUUUGUAAUAAGAAAUUUAUAGAUUAAAAUCAAUUAAUGAUAAAUCUAGAUAUAUAUAAGAUGAAUCAAACCGUUAUUUAUAAGAAAAUUAAGCAAAUCUAGCUAGAAUUCGAUAAUUGGAGAUGUAGAUCAGGGACUUAAUGUCUAAAGAAGAAAACUAUCAACUCCAAAUAACUAGAGCAAAUCAAGGAAUAAAUUCAGAAAAUUAACUAUUGAAAGAUCAAAUAGCUUAAUUAAAUUAAUAAUUACAUAUGAUGCAAAAGUAAUAUUAAAAAUAAUUGGAUGAUGUAAGAUUGGAUCAUGAUAGAAUGAUAGCUGAUUAAAAAAAUACAAUAAAUAUUUAAAUAAAGGAUUAAUUAAUAAGAGAUUAAUAAAAAUGGAUGGAUGAGAGAGAGGCCUUACUUCAUGAAAUUUAGUUAUUGAAAUAACAAUUAGCUUAAAAUGAAUUAUAAGUUACAAGAAAAAGAUAGUUAUUGGAAGAUGAAUCAAAUAAGAAUUAGUAAUUUAUUGUAGAAUUGGAAUAAGCAAAUAGUUAACUUACUAAUAAAUUAAGAGAUUUGUAAAUGCAAUUACAAUAAUCUGAGAAGGAAAAAAUGAGAACUGAUUAAUAUUUGAGAAAAAUUGAUGAAUUAUAAUUGUAAGUUGAAUAAUUAUAAAGAUAAUUAAAUGAUUUGACAAAUAAAUAUAAUAAUUUAUUGAAUCAAUAUGAAUAGAAGAAGUAUUAGAUUGAAUAAUUGAAUGGGUAAUUAAAUGCAAAUUAAGAUAAUGAAAAGUAAAAGAUUAUGAAUUUAGAAAGAUAAGUUAGAGAAUUAUAAGAUUAAUUAGCUGAUAUGUAGAGAUUAAGAUAGUAAUUACAUUAAAUGAAUGAAAAUUAUACAGCUUUGUAAAUUACAUUCAAGAAUUCAUAAAAAUAAUUAUCAGAAGCAGAUGAAUUAAGAUAGGAAUUGGAUGCUUUAUUAUAAGAAUUGGAAUAUUAUAAAUAAUUAGAUAUGAAAAAUAAGCAAGACUUAGAUAAAUAUAAAUAGUAAUUGAUAAUAAUUGAGAAUAAACAAAGUUAAUAAGCUAAUUAUGAAAUUGAAAAAUUAAGAUAAUAAAAUCAAUAAUUAAUUGAUGAAUUAAAUGAAUAUAAAAAUAGAUAUAAAUAAUUAGAAGGAAAACUAUAAUAAUAAAUUGUUAUGUUAAAUCAAGCUUAAAAUGAUUUAUAAGCACAUUAAGCAUUAACAGAAAAAUAAUAAUAUUCUUUGAAUGAAAGUAAUCAAUUAAGAAUUAAGAUAAAAGAACUUUUAGAUUAAAUUUAAUAUUUAGAAAUGGAAUUAAACAAAAAAGAUAACCUAAUUUAAGAUUUAUAAAUUAAUUUGGAUUAAUUUGGUAAAUAAAGAGAUUCAUUUAUAUUGAUUGAAAAAGAGAAAAAAGAUUUUGAAUAUCGAAUAAUAUAAUUAGAGAAAUAAUUAGCUGAAUUAAAUAUAUACAAAACAUAAUUUUUGGAUUUAUAAAGUAAAUAUAAUAGUUUGGGUUAAGAAUAUGAAAGUUUAAGAAAGGAUUAUGAGAUAUUAAGAUAUAAAUAUGAUGAAAUAAACACUUAAUAUAUAUAAUCUAAAAAGUAGAUUAAUAUAUAAAUUAAUAGUGAAUUAGAAACAUUGAAAUCAGAAAUGCAAACUUGGAUUAUCAAAUGUAAAACAUAUGAAAGUGAAAUUAGUUUUUUAAGAUCAACUAUUAAUGAUUAUUAGGAUAUAGAGUAGGAAUCAGAUAUGUUAAAAUAAGAUUUAGAAAAAUGGUAAAUUAAAUUUGCUGAAGCAGAUAGAGAAAGAAUUUAAUUAAGAUAAAAUAUUUAAGAGUAUGAGAAAUUUAGAUACAGAAUUACAGAACUUGAAAGAGAAAUAUAAAAUUCAAAAUUAAAAAUUGAAAAUUCUGAAAAAGAAAGAGAUAAUUUAAGAUAAUAAUUAAUUGUUGUAUAAUAAUAAAGAGUUUAGAAUGAUUAAAUUAAAAAGGAUUAUGAUUCUAUAGGAUUCAAAUUAUAAGAAUCUGAAAAAGAAAAUUUAUUAUUGCGUAAUGAAAUUGAAAAUCUAAGAUAAUAAUUGAUUUCAUUUUAAUAAAUGAAAUAAUAAUUAAUAUUAAUUGAACAGGAGAAAUCAUAAUUGUAAUAUAAAAUUGAAGAAUUUGAUAGGGAAAGACAAUUAUUAAAAUAAUAGAUUUCAGGUACAAAUAAUAUAAAAGUUGAAUCUGAAAGUAUAAGGAGAGAGUAUGAAAUGCUUAGAAUGAAAAUGGAAUCAAGUGAUAGAGAGAUUUCUAAUUUGAGGCAGCAACUUACUAUGGCAAGUAAUCAAAAAUUAGAAUUAGAAAGAUUGAAAUCAGAAUAUUAGUAAUUGAAAAUGAGUUUUGAAGAAUCAGAAAGAGAAAAAUAAGGUUUAAAAUAAUAAGUAUAAAUGGGAAACAAUUAAAAAAAUGAAUUAGAUUAAUUUAGAAAAGAAUAUGAUUUCAUUAGAUUAAAAUUUGAAGAAAGUGAAAAGGAAAAAAACUAAUUAAGAAUGCAAUAUCAAAGUAGUCAAAGUAAUUUUAAUGGCUAUAAAAUAUAGAUGGAAUAAAUGAGUUCAUAAAUUAAUCAAUAUUAAUCUUAAGAACUAGUAAUGAAGAGAGAAAUAGAAAUGCUUAUUAAAUAAAUUGAUGUUUUUAAGAAAGAUCAAUUAAACUAAUAAUAAUAAAUUUAAGAAUAUUAAUUUAAAUAUUAGGAAAUUAUGAAAGAGUAUGAAAACUUAUAAAGUAAACAAAAAAGUAUAGAUGUAGAUGCUUUAAUGUAUGAAAUAUAUGAAUUGAAGAAAUAAUUAGCAUAAAAAGAUAAACAGUAUGAAUAUGAGAGACAAGAAAUUAAUGAACAAAAGUUUUAAUUUGAAAAGAAUGUAAAAAUAAGAGUAGAACAGGAAGUGAGAAUUUUAAAUGAGAAAUUUAAUAUUGAAUUGAAUGAAUUAAGAAGAUAGAUAUAAAUUGAAAAACAAGAGAAAUUAAAGAUAGAAUCAGAAAUGAGAAUUAAAUAUGAAUAGUAGAUUAUACAACUAUAACAAUAAAUUAAACCAUCUGUAGAUGUAGAUGCUUUGAUGUAUGAGAUUUUUGAGUUAAAAAAAUAAGCUGUUACAAAAGAUUAAUAAAUUGAAUAGAUGAAAAAAGAACAAUAUCAUUUAAGAGUUUAAUUGGAAUAAAGAUUUAAUGAAUAGAAAUUAUAAUUUGAAUAGGAUAUUAGAAUGAGAUUAGAAAAGGAGUUGAGGAUAUCAAUAGAAUAAGAUAUUAGAUAUUAGAUUGAAAAUGAAUACAACUUUGAAUCAAAUAUAUAAGACUAUAUUUUAUAGAUUGAUAAGUGGAAAUCUGUAUGUUAGAUGAGGGAUGAAGAAAUAACUCAUUUAAAAGGAUUGCAGUAAGCUUUUAAAGAGAAAUUAAAUUAAUACACAUCUGAAAUUGAAUCUUUGAAGACUUAAUUAAUGUUAGUAUAGGGAGAUAGAAGAACAGUAUAUUAAAUAAAAUGA